GGGAGUAAAAAAAUUACAAAGUGAUGGAGCCCUCACUCUGCAACUCCUCCACCUCUUAAUUUGUUCUCUUUAUUUCCUUCUCUUUAAAGCCAAAAACUUUCAACAUAAUUCUUCAUUUCUCCCUCUUCCUACUCAUUCUUUUUCUUCUUCUAGAGCCAAUUAGGGUUUUUCAUCUUUUUUCUUCCUCUUAAAUUUCACUCUUUGUCUUCUUGCUUCUUUUUGAUGGUUAAUUCUUUUAUUAUGUGAAGUUAUAUAUAAAGAAAGAUGCAACAAUGGGAGUUAUUGUUAUGACUUCACUUAUUUCCUCAUUAAUUUUCUCCAAUAAAGAAAUAAUUAUUGCAUUUCUCCUUCUUCUACUUCUCUCUCCUAAUUCAUAUUCCUUAAACCCUAAUAAACAUGAGACCCUAGACUCUACAAAGGAUGUUUUAGUUGAAGAGAAAUCAAGAUUGGGUUCAAUGCCACCAAGUUGUUAUAAUAAGUGUAACCAAUGCCAUCCAUGCAGGGCAGUCCAGGUACCGAGCCUACCGAGUCACAACGGAAUCAAACCAAGUGGUGAUGAGGCUCGAACCCAAGCUAGGUCCACGGACCAUAGAACUGUAGAGUCUUCACUUUCAUCGGUGGGAGCUAGCAGUACCAGGCACGCAUGUGAGCAAAGUAACUCCAACUGGCAUAGCAGCCCACAAAUUGGAUUUUAUGAUAAUUUUUUUUCUUUCUUGGAUGAUUCCUUUUCCUUCGUUGGACAGUCCUUCUCUUAUCCUCUUGGAAUUUUCAUGACCUUCUUUGUUACUUAGGUCGUUUGGUAAGCCGUAUUAGAAGAAAUAAUUCAUGUAUUAAGUGAAGUAAUAAUUAAUAUUAUAUUUGGUAGGAUUUUAAGUCAA